ACUAAAAAAAUACAAACGCUUUGGGAGUAAAAAUGCUUUUGGAGAAUGUAUGUCGGAUUUGCGCAAACACCAUAAAGGAUAUGGAGCGUUCACGCAAUCUUUUUACAACGUCGCGUGGUAAAUUGCUCCUUCAACUAUCAUUAAUUACGGGCGUGCAGUUGACGAAACAGAAAAACAUGCCAGAACGCGCCUGCGAGAGAUGUAACUCCGAAUUGGAGCUAGCGAUGAAGUUCCGGGAACGUUGCAUUUUCUCGCAAAAGUAUUUGAACGAAAUCUUGAAGAAGGAGCGCGUCAAACAAGGGCAACAUUUAAGAGUAGAAUCCGAUGAGCCAGACAUGGAAAAUAUUGAGAAAACCGAAAGAACUGAUGAUAAAAAAUCAAUUAUGGAAAAUGGUGAAGUGCUGACUGAGCCGGAAAUGAGCGAUAAUUCUGUUCGAACUACAGACGAAGUGGAAGCGGCGCUCGUAGAAGAAGCACAGCUGGCGGAAAGCCAUUUGGAGGAGCUGGAAAAACAGACACAUAAUCCGCCAGAACGCCGGCCAAAUUUCUACAUAUGCCAACAAUGCGGAAAAUACUUUGGUGACCAAAAAAAAUACAAGUCGCAUUUGAUACAGCACACCCAGGCUGGCAAGAAAAUAGAAUGUAAUUUAUGUCCUCAGACCUUUGCCAGCAAAUUGCUGCUAAAACAGCAUCAGAAAACCCAUUGUACCGAUCGACGACACAAAUGCAAAAAAUGUGGGCGCUGUUUUGCAGAAAUCGGAGCUUAUCGGCGACACGAGAAAGCGCAUGCGAAUGAGCGGCCGUAUCCUUGUCUGGAAUGUGAGAAGAACUUUGAGAGUAGCGAAGAAUUGAAAAAGCAUGCAACCUCCCACGUGUUUCGCUGCGAGCCUUGCAAUAAGGAUUUUGGCGUUCGGGAUGAUUUGUUAGCACACUCAAAUACCCUGCCACACAAACGUAAUGUGCAGCAAAUGCAAAUGGAGAUCGAUUUUUUGUGUGCUGAGGAUGAUAAUGGCGUGGCUAGUAAUUCAUAGACUGAAUUAAAUUCUCCAUGCCUUUAUAUAGGUGCUACAUUUAUCGUUCAAAUUGAACGUCCUUUAUUUAAAAUAAAGACUUUAACCUAAGUAGUGGAUCGAUUAAGUUUUUGUAUGUAUAUUUG